AUGCGGGAAGAUGAAGUUGUCGAGCGCAGGCUUCUUCGCCCACAGUAUCCAGGCGAUGACAUUCGACCGACAAGUGAAAAAGAGCUUCUCGGGUGGUAUAGUUAUGGCUGGGCUGCAGAAGUGUUCACAGUAUGUGCCAUGGGAUCAUUCCUACCCAUCACAUUAGAGCAAAUGGCCCGAGAACGCGGUGUCCUGUUCUUGGACAAGACGACCCCAUGCAAUGCAACCUGGAAAGCCCCCGGUGCUUCAUUAGCAAGCUGGGCCCAGAGCUCAAGCGCUGCCAGCUCAGGCCAGUGCGUUGUUUACAUCUUUGGUGCUGAGAUCAACACGGCGAGCUUCGCAAUGUACACUUUCUCGGUGAGUGUUCUCGUACAGGCCAUUCUGAUCAUUUCCAUGUCGGGUGCUGCAGAUCACGGAAGCUAUCGAAAGACACUUCUGGUAGCGUUUGCCGCCAUCGGUUCUGCUUCCACGAUGCUGUUCCUUUCUAUUACUUCAAAGGUGUAUUUACUUGGUGGAUUAUUUGCUAUAGUGGCCAACACUUGUCUCGGCGCCUCGUUUGUGCUAUUAAAUUCUUUUCUUCCCCUAUUAGUCCGGUAUCAUCCUGAACUGCUCCAAGGAGACAACGAAAGCAUACCGCAUACAUCAACAGGAAGCAAUGGCUGUUCGAUCGCCACAGACGAUCCGGUUAAUAACGAUGGCACGAGGACGCCACUACUGUGGCCACGUCAAGUCGAUGGUGCAUGUCCGGAGGAGACCACGGCAUUCGUGUCUCCGAUGAACACAUCGAAUGAACUGAUAUUAUCCACAAGAAUAUCAUCAAAUGGAAUCGGCAUCGGUUAUAUCAGUGCUGUCUUGCUACAAGGGAUAUGUAUCCUUGUCGUUGUCCAAACCCACCAAACUACCUUUUCCUUACGCCUUGUUCUCUUCUUAAUAGGCUUAUGGUGGUUUGUUUUCACGAUACCUGCGGCCUUUUGGUUAAGACCACGUCCCGGUCCUCCGUUGCUGCAUGCUGUGGACGGCAAGGCUCAUCGCUCAUGGUUUGGUUACAUAGUGUAUGCGUGGAAGUCUCUUGGACGAACAGCAAUGCAGACUCGGCAUUUGAAGGACAUCCUAUUGUUUCUGGCAUCCUGGUUUCUGCUGAGUGAUGGGAUCGCCACCGUUAGUGGUACCGCUGUUCUUUUUGCUAAAACCCAGUUGAACAUGGAACCUGCAGCGCUGGGUAUGAUCAACGUGAUUACAAUGGCUUCUGGGGUUUUCGGGGCAUUCUCCUGGAGUUACAUAUCACGACUGCUAAAUCUUCGCGCGUCGCAGACUAUUAUUGCUUGUAUCAUGUUAUUCGAACUUGUGCCGCUCUAUGGUCUGCUAGGGUUCAUCCCGGCCGUCAAAGAACUCGGUUAUCUCGGGCUUCAACAGCCGUGGGAAAUGUUCCCAUUAGGAGUCAUAUAUGGACUCGUCAUGGGAGGGCUUUCAUCGUAUUGUCGAAGCUUCUUCGGACAGUUGAUUCCUCCUGGAUAUGAAGCAUCUUUUUAUUCUCUCUAUGCGAUCACUGACAAGGGCUCGAGUAUAUUUGGGCCAGUGAUCGUUGGGUUCAUAACAGACCGCUACGGAGAAAUUCGACCCGCUUUCUUUUUUCUUGCAAUACUCAUCCUUCUUCCUCUGCCGCUAAUGCUCCUCGUGGACGUGGAUCGAGGAAAGCGCGAUGCACUUGCAUUGUCGGAUGCCUUGGACGAGCGCCCCUACCAACAGGGCCAUAACUAUUCGGCAUUUUCGCAGCAGCAGACACAAUCACAAGGCCCUUGA